AGCAAAUACAGCUAUGCCUAAUCACCGCACUUCCCUGCCAUCAGUCGGAGGGUUCGGAUCCGAUGACACUACUGAGAGACGGCCUGUAUCGUGCGAGCGAUGUAAGCGACGGAAAUGCCGAUGCGAUCGCCAAACCCCUUCAUGCCAGCGGUGUGAGGCGGCUGGAGUGGCAUGCGAGUAUCUGGAUCGUCGCAAGCCUGGGUUUCCCACCGGCCAGCGCCAGGUUUUAGAAGACAAGAUUAACAGAUUAGAAACAGAGAUUCAGACGCUGCGUGAAGCCGAUGGGAGAGAACAAGCGCAUAAUCCACCUGCUUCAGCCAUACCAGCGCUGACUUCGGAUACCAGUGAGUUAUCGCAGGCGCCUAUGAAUCUCGAUCCAGAAGAACCUCCCAGGCAAACCACUGAGCAACCACCUUUGGCAACGUCAACGCGAACGGCCAACAUCACAGAACAAAAGCCCCCUAUGGACUUGGUUGUAUCAUUGGUCUCGCUGUUCUUUCGACACAUUCACACAUGGCUCCCAUUCCUCAGUGCGCAGCGCGUCUUCGAUGAGAUGGGGUCUACGCAGGAGCCGUCACUGCUCCACUACGCUCUGUUCGGCGUCUCCCUGCCGUUUUCUUUCGACUCGCGCCUAAACCAACAGUCGGCCGACGCUUUCUGGAAGUACUCGAAGCGACGAAUCUUCAUCGAGAUCCUAGAAGAGCCCUCGUAUACCGCACUUGAAGCCUUGACCGUCCUAGUUCUUGACCUCUCCGGGAUGACCAAUGGGCCACAAGUUUGGGGAGCUCUUGCUGUUGCCACCAAACUCGCACUCCAAUUGAAGCCGGAUAAUAGACAUGUCUUCAGAGCAUCAACCGGAGCCCCCACGGAUGAGCCACUCGUCAGACCAGAUCAGAUUCACCAACACAGGCUCUUCUGGGCGAUCUACGCGCUCGAUUGUUACAUCUCCAUGACGACGAGUCACCCUUCGGAAUUGACCGACUCUCAUUUCCGUGAGUUUUUGUACACCAGAGAAGUCAGCUGGCGAGAUCCGCAAGACAUUCGCCUUCUCAUGACGCCCCAAGGCCAGACCCAGCCAAAGCAGCCCCACGAGACCGGUGCGACGGCAACACCAAGACUCGUCUUCAGCUAUCAGCUCGAAUUAAUGGAAAUUUCGAAGCGACUGCAUGCUGUCUACAUCGACUACAUCACCCUCCCUAUAGAGGAGACUGGCUCGUCUGAUUGGCUCCAGAGAUUCGUGGGGUGCUCGACUCAGUUGUCAGAGUGGUUCCAAACUUUACCACAGUGUCUACAUCUAGACACAUCAAAUCAGCCACAAAUAUCAACUCAUCGCACUCUGCCGUCGGCCCUCAUGCUGCAUGCCUACUAUCACGCGUCAACCAUUUAUUUGAACGGCCUGAUGGCCUUUCCAUUCGAGGAAUCUCUUUACGCCCAGCGCCUCGACUUCCGCAAGGACAGUCAAGACACCUGCAUGAGAAGUGUGGAAUCCAUGGUUGAGAUUUGCUCAAGUGCCACAGACAAGGUCAGGGAUAGUCUCGGUUGGCCGUUCGCUUGGUCUGUCUGGGUGGCCGCCCGAUACCUGCUUGUUUCUGAAUACAACGGCUGCUGCCAAUCGCCCCAGUACUUUGACAUCCUGCUUCAAUCGGUGAAGAAGAUGGCAAGGUAUUGGCAGAUUAGCCGAAAAUACUGGCUACUGCUUCACCAAGCAGAGACUGAAUUGAGGAAUAGUAGGCUUUCUGGCAAUCGCACUCAGUCAGGUGUGCUGCCCUCGCUUGUCGAUCUUCGCAUUGCGACGUGCGACUUGGAGGACAAAUUUCGAGCUGACCCUUUCCUGCACGAAACCCAAGUCGCUGGAGAGCAGGCCACGGCAUCAUAUGAGAAUCCUGCUGGGUUUGAAGCAUCUCUCAGAAACACUGAUCUUCAGAGCUCCCUCCCUACCGAGCCUUAUUUCAGUCUCUCGGGUCAAGAAUCAUCCAAUUGGUUUACAGUGCCAUUAUUCGCGCUGCCUACUUAUCAGCAGUCCCCUGGGUCAUUUGGAAGUGCGGAUGGAUUCAAUACAUAA